CAAUCACGAUGAAUUUCGGUGACGCGAAUAUAUUUCGGUGCAUUAUCCUAGUGUUUUGUUUCGGAUACGUACAGAAUAGGCGUAAAAUAAAACUUAGUGCCGACGUAGACUUCCGUGAUCGAAAUUCGGACAUUUAUUUGAACUCCUUGCAGCUAAUAGCUAAGUACGGAUACAGGCCUGAAAGGCAUACAGUGAUAACAAACGAUGGUUAUUUAGUGAACUCCUAUAGGAUACCAAGCAGUGGACCUCCAGUGUUGUUAGUUCAUGGGAUUGGUGACAGUUCAGAUUCGUGGUUAGUGUUGGGACCGGCUAAAUCUGUGGCGUAUCAAUUAGCGGAUCUAGGAUACGACGUUUGGAUAUACAAUGCCCGGGGGAAUAAAUAUAGCAAGGGACACAUCAAAAACCUCUCUAAAAAAGAAUAUUGGAAUUUCAGCUAUGAAGAGAUGGGGACGCAAGAUUUGCCUGCAGUGAUUGAUUAUGUACUCCAAACAACGUUUCGACGUAACCUGUCCUAUAUUGGGUUUUCUCAAGGAACGGCGAUUUUUUUCGUCAUGUGUAGCACGAGACCCGAGUAUAACGAGAAGAUAAAUCAAGCCAUACUGCUAGCUCCGAUAGCGUGGAUAACGAACACUCAGUACCCAUUUAUGAACAUUUUAGCACAAAAUUUAGAUUUAUUGAAGACUUUUUUUGAUAGCAUCGGAGUGUAUGAUGUGUUUGCUAAUAAUGUAUUGAGUAAUCUUUAUCAUGCGAAAGUGUGUCGGGAAGGGGUGCCUGAGAAUAUAUUGUGUAAGUUGGAGUACUAUAUUAGUUAUGGCAUUAGGAAUAUAAGUAAUUUAUAUCCAGAAAAACUACCAGUGCUUGCUAGUCAUAUUCCUGCCGGAGUAUCAACGAAGACGUUUGUUCACUAUUUUCAAAGUUAUUUGAGUAAACAAUUCCAAAGAUUUGAUUACGGAUCGAAAUUAAAUCAAGAGGUUUAUUCAUCGACGCAGCCUCCUUCUUACGACCUAUCCUUGGUAACCGCGCCAAUUUAUAUGUUCAGUAGUGAGUCUGAUUGGUUUAGCACUCCAAUUGAUGUCGAAAGACUUACGAAGCGACUACCAAAUAUUGUUAAAAGUGUCAAGUUAAAUCAAUCUUUAGAUUUCACGCAUUUGGAGUUUGUUUAUGGUACUCGAGUCAAUGAAAUUGUUAAUGAUGAUAUUAAAAGAAUACUAAGAGGAGAUAUCUAAAUGUUUUUUUUUUUUUGUAAUUUUAUGAGCUGUGAUAAUUUUAAAAUUGUACUGUUGUGAUGGUUAAAAUCUUCAAGAUUUUAUCCACUGUUGUUUUUUUCUUAAUUUAGAUAGUUAUUAAUGUUAAUGAAUAUUGAAUGUAUUUACCUUGGUCUAGAUGUAAACAAGUUCCUCCGAACACAGAGACCUGAAUGAUAUUGUUAAUUAGCAUGGUGAAGUUAUUGAAUGGCCUGACCUACGAUAAAGUGAUAUAAUUUUAUUAUUAUUUCAUAAAACAAUAGGCUCUAGUUUCCUGGUAUCUUCUGAGUGUUCUAACAUACUGAGUUCCACGGAGUUGUUUAAGUUAUUUAAAGCGAAUUCCUACAGCAUUGUAUUCUAUGGCUGACUCUAUUUUGUCUUAUGGAUAAAUAAAAAUAACAACAUACAUCAAUAGACAUUCUUAUAAAUAUUGAAAGAGUAGGAAAAGGGUAAAAAUACCUUUUUUGUAAAUUGACAAAUAAAAUAAACGCGUUUUGGUUUUCUGUAUGAAACCAAAGGGGUACUUUGAUAGGGGUAAAAUUGCUUAAGGGACGAAUAGGGGUAACCAAAGGAUUUGCAAUCAUUGCGAUAUUUUGAAACAGAUUAUAUUCCUAGCCGAAUUCCUAAAAAGAAGGGGGAUCUCAAUUCGAAUGUCGGAUGUAAGUAUAUGGACCAAAUACCUUAGUUAUGUUAGCAUCCGUAACACGAGCUAAUAAAUAGCUUCCCAUAGGGUUAACCGACCGUAUGUUCCCCAUAUUUAUAAAAUAAUUAUUAUCGAUAAAGAUCAACAUCAUAUUCUACUUACUUUAUACAAAUAUUUUUAUUUUUUUCAACUUCAGGCUCAGGUCAAGCCAGGUCAUUGGUAUAAACUUAUAGAUUUGAAAACUGUAGGUACCUAAUGUAAUUCUCAAGUAGUUUAUUAAAAUAUUAAGUAAACUACCGGCGAGAUUUUGUCAUGCAUUUGUAGCAAAAAUGUAUAUUUACUGAAAUGUAUUUUGUUCAAAUACUAUUUCCAACUGCCAUCUAAACAUCUUUAGAAGGAGUUACGGAAAGCCAAAAGCCAAAAAGUCUGACAACCAAGCUUAUCAAGGGCCAUUGGGUUGCUGGGGUUAUCUGGGGUUGAUGAGGUUAGAUAGGCAGUCGAUUCAUGUAAAACACUGGUAUGCUCAUGCAUUGGGUUAGACUGGAAAGCUGACCCCAGUGUAGUUGGGAAAACUUUAGACGUCUAGGGAAAGACAGACGAUAAAAUGAAUGUGAUCUAGGUAAAUAUAGAACAGAUUAUAAUUAGGUACAGUCCCAAUUUUUCUCUCACCUAUUGAUUGUGAUAUCCUUAAAAUAUUGUACCUGAGUGUAUUUUUGCAAUUAAUAAAUGUCACAAAAAUAUCUACAGGUAUGGCGGAAUAUUUACCUAUUGUCUUUAGAACAAUAAGUAAAUAUUUGGAAUACUAAGAGUUAAGUGCCAUUGAUUUCAUUUGUAGGUGCUCAACGAGCCUGUUAUAUCAAAUUAAAUGCUGUUUUGUGAUUUAUUUAUUACUGGGAUACAUUAAUCAAUGUGUUACAAGUUCAUAAAGUUAAAAUGCAUGUGAAAAUUCAUACUCAAAAUUGUGACGGGAACUAGUUUUAGCGGUGCGCUGUGUAUUAAAAUAAUGCUUUAUAACGCGGAAUUGUUUGUCGUGUGGCCAGGAAAUGUA